AUGAAGGUAGAAAGGAGUGGAGCGACUGCGGUGGUGCAGGCGGCCUUCUGCAUUCCGAAGAAGGAGAAGGUGGCAAUUAAACGGAUCAAUCUGGAGAAGUGUCAGACGAGCAUGGAUGAACUCCUGAAAGAAAUUCAAGCCAUGAGUCAGUGCCAUCACCCCAACAUUGUAUCUUACUACACAUCGUUCGUGGUGAAAGAUGAGCUUUGGCUGGUGAUGAAGUUACUUAGUGGAGGCUCUGUUUUGGAUAUUAUCAAGCACAUUGUGGCCAAAGGAGAACAUAAGACUGGUGUCCUGGAUGAACCCUGUAUAGCCACAAUCCUUAAGGAGGUGCUGGAGGGACUGGACUACCUGCAUAAAAAUGGGCAAAUCCACAGGGAUGUGAAAGCAGGAAAUAUUCUUCUUGGAGAAGAUGGCUCAGUGCAAAUUGCAGACUUUGGCGUUAGCGCGUUUCUGGCCACUGGUGGUGACAUUACCAGGAAUAAAGUCAGGAAAACUUUUGUGGGCACACCUUGCUGGAUGGCACCAGAAGUUAUGGAGCAGGUCAGAGGAUACGAUUUCAAGGCAGACAUCUGGAGCUUUGGGAUCACUGCUAUCGAGCUGGCUACAGGGGCAGCUCCUUACCAUAAAUACCCCCCGAUGAAGGUUUUAAUGCUGACACUACAAAAUGAUCCCCCAUCUUUGGAAACUGGUGUGCAAGAUAAGGAGAUGCUGAAGAAGUAUGGGAAAUCAUUUAGGAAGAUGAUUUCAUCGUGCCUACAAAAAGACCCUGAAAAAAGACCCACAGCAGCAGAACUCUUAAGACACAAAUUUUUCACGAAAGCAAAGAAUAAAGAAUUUUUGCAAGAGAAGAUGUUGCAGAGAGCACCAACAAUCACUGAAAGAUCCAAAAAGGUCCGGAGGGUCCCAGGCUCCAGUGGGCGUCUUCAUAAGACUGAAGAUGGUGGCUGGGAAUGGAGUGAUGAUGAACUAGAUGAAGAAAGUGAGGAAGGCAGAGCAGCAAUUUCACAGCUCAGGUCUCCCAGAGUGAAAGAACCUGUACAGAAUUCCGAGCUCUUUCCGUCAGCUGAGCCUCCAGGUCCUUCACUCAAUGCUCCAGCACAGGCACCUACUCAACUACCUCAGGCUGCAGGACAAGCACCUGCACAACCUCAAACUGCUGUACCUCCACCUAGUCAGGCUCCUCCAGCAGCCCCAGCAGCAGCUCCAGCAGCAGCUCCAGCAGCAGCCCAGGCCCCACCUGCAGCUGCUGCAGCAGCUCCGGUACAGGAAGACACAAAAGUCCCCAUCAGCCUUGUACUAAGGUUAAGGAAUUCAAAAAAAGAGCUCAAUGAUAUUCGAUUUGAAUUCACCCCAGGGAGAGAUACUGCGGACGGUGUGUCCCAGGAGCUCAUUUCAGCAGGGCUUGUUGAUGGCAGAGAUCUGGUAAUAGUUGCAGCUAAUUUGCAGAAAAUUGUGGAAGAGCCCCAAGCAAACAGAUCCGUCACUUUCAAACUGGCGUCUGGUGUCGAAGGCUCGGAUAUCCCAGAUGAUGGCAAACUUAUAGGAUUUGCACAGCUCAGCAUCAGCUAAACAAUGGUCCCAGGAGAUGUUUCCCAACUGAGAACCCACAUAUGAUGAACACAAUAUCCGUGGUCAGAGGGAGAGGAGAUCUGUGUCACCCUGUGUUUGGGAAACACGCGCUUCAGACUGUUCCUCAAGCCCGGUUCUGCCAUGCCUGGCUGCGCAGAGAGUCCUCCCGACGUGUUUUCCCAGUCCUUCGCAAACUGGUCCCCGUGGAACCAUCCCUGUCGUGUUUCACAGCAAUAAAGAAUCGCCAGCAGAGUGGUUGUGCUGGGCAAGCGGGCGCCGGGCUGUGUCCCUCCUGCACUAACGGCCUGGGCCGGCACCUCCUCGCCGGCCGAGCCCCCACGUUUGAUCAGGAUGUCACUGAAACCCCGUCACACAUGUAUUUAGCUUUUCUUUCUAUGUGGUGUUGAAGUUGAGUUUCUACAUGAAUAAUAUAAAUUAUGCUCUGAGUUUGAUAAGAGACACUUGUAAUGCAAUAUGUGAAUAAUAAAUGGUGUUGACUCUUUUUUUUUUUUCUUUUUCUUUUCCUACUGUUUCACAGUUGGCCUUUGUAACUGCUCUUGGCUCUGGAGUGUUUUCUACACAGAAAUCGUUAAGUCUGUAAUUUAGCACGCAGAUGGAAAUGUGUUUUGUUUCCAUCAGCCACAAACAAUGCAGAAACAGAGCAGAAUGACUAGGUUCAAUUAGGACUUAUUUUAAUUUCCAAGUCUUCAGAUGAACAAUCUGUAUUUAUAUCUUGUUCUCUAUGAGCAGCUGUGGAAGCUUCCGGAAAUGGUGCAUGUUCUUUUUGUACCACCCCUGUUGCUUUUAGCCUUGGGUGGAUAUUGGGUAUGUCCCCGUGGGCUCUUUGCAGCCCCGUGGCUGGUGAUUGUGGAGGGGAGGGAGAGGAGGAAGAGGAUUUGGGAGCAAGAGCAUCCCAGGGUGUUGAGCAGAUGCUCUCAAGAGCCCAGGAGACGAGUGCCCGAUACCAGGGAGUUGGUGGUGGCUGGAUUUGGCCAAGUGCAUGUGGCACCUCUGGCACUAUUCCCUGUUGUCUGACACAAAGCACUCCCCACAGCAUCCCCCGACGAGCUGCUUGGCUUGGGAAGAGCAGGCUGGCACCAUGAUUUUCAUGUCACCCUGUGCUCAGUAUGGAUUUACUGGAAACCUUUAGGAUACAGAGACGAGGUAGUUGUGGUACAGUAUUAUUUUCCCCUCUGCCUGCAUGCCAUGGGGACCUCCUUGUUCAUUUGUGUACUGGUGCUGAGGAAGGUAGGACUCAAACUGCUCAAAUGGAACAAUGCAGCAUCUAUUUAUUGUUAUUCCCCAUCUUCCCAAAGCCAGGACUUAGAGAGCUUGAGCUCACCCUAACCCAAGGCUCCGUAGUUCUUUAAUGGAGAAAAUAAGUAAGGAAGAAACUGAUGGUUUUUGGCUCUAUAGAUCUCCAGAUCUUUUGGGUAGGGAUCCAAAGUAUUUACUUGGGCUAUUACAGUGCUAGACAACUGUCUUUUCUGAUGUUGUUCCAGUAAGUGCCAAUGCUGUUCAUAAUUGUUUUCCAGUGUCAUUAAGAAUUUGGUUUUUGUGCAAAUCUGAACCUGGAAGCAGGUGGUAAUUUUAAGUUAGUUCCUACUUUUAAGGACAAUGCUCUGUUAAUGAAAACGGAUCCUCUUCACAACUUUGGUGUAUUGUAGAUUAUAAUGAAAGAUGUAAAAUAUUCAGGCUUUUUUUCCUUUUUUGGACUUUGUAUUUUACUGCAUGUCUCUAAUUUUUAAUCAAUAAAGAACAAAUUGUCCAUUG